AAUCGUUCAAUUUUAACAAUGUGAUCCUAUAUUUGUAAAUAUGUUCUAGCUUCAAAAAUUUUCAAUUUAAAUCCGCAAAGGUUUCGAUUAUAAACAAAACAAAUAAGAUAAAUAGAUUUUUCGCUGUUCCCUAGCUAAUGCCAUUGUCGCCGCAGUGUGAACGCGACGGUGAGUGUGGCCAUUCACACACGAUAUCAAUUCCGAUAAGUUUUACUGGCAAAACGGCAAGAAGCAGAGCAGCGACCAAUCACCUGCAAAAAAGAAAUAAAUUGCCGAGAAAUGAUAAAAAAUAUAUAGUCCGUUUGUUUUGGAGUGCGUUGAUAUGAAUCUGGCUCUUUAGCAUUUAGUAACCACGCAACUCAUUCCCCCAAUAUCCCUCCGCUGUAACGGGCAGAAGAGCCACUGGACAAAGGCCAGCUACAACACUAACACACACACACAAACCCACGUACAUACGGCGUAGAAAGCAACAACAGCAACAACAAAUACGAGGAACGGAGGCCAUCAUCACCUGCUGGAAAAAUGGAGGCGGACGGACUAACAAACGACCAGACGGAGAAGGUGCUCCAGUUCCAGGAUCUCACCGGCAUCGAGGAUAUGAACGUGUGCCGCGACGUCCUGAUCAGACACCAAUGGGAUCUCGAGGUGGCCUUCCAGGAGCAACUGAAUAUCCGCGAGGGCCGGCCCACCAUGUUCGCCGCCUCCACAGACGUGCGAGCGCCCGCUGUGAUCAACGACCGCUUCCUGCAGCAGGUGUUUUCCGCCAAUAUGCCCGGCGGACGGACAGUGAACCGGGUGCCCAGUGGCCCCAUACCCCGCAGCUUCACCGGAAUUCUGGGCUACGUGAUCAAUUUCGUGUUCCAGUACUUCUACUCCACGCUGACGAGCAUUGUGAGCGCCUUUGUGAAUUUGGGCGGUGGCAAUGAGCCGCGCUUGGUCACGGACCCUCUUGGGGACGUGAUGAAGUUCAUCAGGGAGUACUACGAGCGGUAUCCUGAGCACCCGGUCUUCUACCAGGGCACCUAUGCCCAGGCCCUGAACGAUGCUAAGCAGGAGCUGCGCUUCCUGAUCGUCUAUCUGCACAAGGAUCCCGCCAAGAAUCCCGAUGUGGACUCAUUCUGCCGCAACACACUCUCCUCCCGCUCGGUCAUUGACUAUAUCAACACAAACACCCUGCUGUGGGGCUGCGAUGUGGCCUCGCCGGAGGGCUACCGGGUGAUGCAGUCCAUUACGGUAAGAAGCUACCCGCUGAUGGUGAUGAUCAGUCUACGGGCGAAUCGCAUGAUGAUCGUGGGACGUUUUGAGGGCGAUUGCACGCCGGAGGAGCUGCUGCGUCGCUUCCAAUCGGUGACGGCCGCCAAUGAAGUGUGGCUGAGUCAAGCGCGUGCGGAUCGUUUGGAGCGUAAUUUCACACAGACACUGAGGCGGCAGCAGGACGAGGCCUACGAGCAGAGUUUGCUGGCGGACGAGGAGAAGGAGCGUCAGCGACAGAGGGAACGGGAUGCGGUGCGGCAGGCGGAGGAGGCCGAGGAGCGGGCGCGACGAGAUGUGGAGCUGCGCAAGGAGGAAAUUGCUCGGCAAAAGAUUGAGCUAGCCACGCUGGUGCCAUCGGAGCCGCCAGUGGAUACUCUGGGCGCUAUUGCCGUUGUGUUUAAGCUGCCCAGUGGAACGCGACUCGAACGGCGCUUCAAUCAGACGGAUUCGGUGCAGGACGUUUAUCACUUUUUGUUUUGCCAUCCCGAUUCGCCGGACGAGUUCGAAAUCACAACGAAUUUUCCCAAAAGGGUGCUAUACUCGAAGGCUGAUGUGGACGCCGCCGAGGGCGCCGCCAAUGAUGCACUGAACAAGACUCUCCAUGACGUGGGACUCAAGAACCGCGAGGUGCUGUUCGUCAACGAUCUGGAAGCGUAACCAAGCAAGCACCACCUACCAAAUGUUAGAAUCAAGCAUCGUGUUACCAGCUGCAACGCAUUACCAAAACUUGAACCAAGUUUUAAGUAGUCGAAGUCCAACAACGUCCAAGUCGGAGGAUACACACAAUGAAACUAUUCCUAAUUUAAUCAUCAAUAUUAAUAUAAAUAAUUGUUUAACAAUGUUUAGGUUGAUUCUCUCUUGUAAUCUAUGACCCCUGACACCUGCCACCACCCACCAACCACCCGAUGCUCCCGCUAAGUAAUGGUAUUUUCCCACAACCACAUUUCCGUAAACCGCAGAUUUAGUUACUUUCUUUUCCCCUUCACAUUUAAGCCAUUUUGUUAUGUUAGCUGUACUUAUACUUCCGUCUAUUUAAUCGAAAUAGAGCCAGAGUCUUAUUGUUUGACAGAGUUUGAAUAUAUAAUAUGAAUGUGGUCGAGAAUUGAAUAAAUUAAAGUUAUGAAAAUUCA